AUGGCCCAACCAAGGAUGCUAUUGUCCACUGGUGUGACCACGAGCACAGUCAUGUAUCCUUUGUCUUUUAAACACCUUUUUGCCCAGGUCAUUGGCCCUCGAGGGGGAAGGUGCGGUCAGUACAAACACUGUAAGGUGGAUAAGGAAUUGGCUAAAGAGAAGAAAACAACAGGUUGUGCUGAAAGGUUGCACGGCAGAUACCAUGAAAUGGCACCGAACAUUGUGCCCAUGGACUACACCAAGGAUCCAGAUGUUAAACUACCUAUACAGCUUAUAAUUAACAUGCCUGAACUAAAGGAGAACCCCUUCAAGGAGAGGAUUGUGGAGGCUUUCUCAGAGGAUGGAGACGGGAACCUCAGCUUCAAUGACUUCGUGGACAUGUUCUCUGUGCUCAGUGAAAUGGCUCCCAGAGAGCUCAAAGCAAUCUAUGCCUUUAAGAUCUAUGAUUUUAACACAGAUAACUUCAUUUGUAAAUCUGACCUUGAAAAAACCCUCAACAAGCUGACACGAGAAGAGCUAACAGCAGAAGAAAUCACUCUAGUUUGUGAGAAGGUGAUAGAAGAAGCUGAUAUGGAUGGUGAUGGGAAACUAGCAUUUGCAGACUUUGAAAAUAUGAUUUCCAAAGCACCAGACUUUCUCAGAUUUGUUCCAAAUAACAUGAUCCAUGGCACAGUAAAACAGUCACAGAAACACAUUGCUGUCCUGAUGACAUAUUGUAUAGAGGAAUAUGACAAUGUUAAUGUCCUGGAGAUGAUUGUUUCAUUGUGGAAUAUGUGGAGUGUAGAUCCAGACAUACAGGCUAACCAGAUUCCCACGCCAGCAACAGCCAUAUGCGAGAUCACCAUCCCUUCCUCUUGA